AUGCCAUUCUACUACCAGUCUCACGGGAAAGAACCCCCAAACCAAUUCGUGGCCACCGUCCGCCGCAUCUACAACGCCCUCGGCUUCCAUCGCGGAUACAACUUUCCCCUAUGGAUCAUCUGCGGCCUGGGCGCCCUAGGUUUCUGCGCCUCGCGAGCCAUGUACCUUGACUACGACAACACCUACAAGGAGGCCAAACUGCCCACCGGCGACUGGGAGUACCAGUCCCACGGCCGCGGCCGCGUCGGCAUGCUCCUGCAUCUCGCCGCAGUGAUCCCCAUUGGCUUUCUCUUGCCGUGGCAGUUCCUCCCCGUCAUCCGGUACAGGUUCAUACUGUUCCACCGCAUCAACGGCUAUCUCCUCAUCCUCCUCCUCUUUGUCUGCGACGCGGGGGCGAUCCUCGUUGGUCCCGGCGCCUUGGGGGGCGCCAUUGAAACUCGACUCCACAUCGGAAUCUUGACCAUCUCGACGGUCGGAUCGGCGGUCAUGGCCUACAUCAACAUCAAGCGACUGCAGAUUGACCAGCACAGAGCUUGGAUGCUGCGAUGCUGGGCCUACGCCUUCAACAUCAUCAGCCUGCGGCUCAUCCAGCUCGCGGCCUUGGAGAUCAUCAGUCGCAUGAAGACCUUCCACGCAGCCAUGGACUGCCGCAGGAUCGACGGCGCCCUCUCCCUGGUCCAGCCCGGCCUUGCAACACUCUUCUACCCCGAAUGCGAGGGGAACCCGGAUGCCUUCGUCGCCGUCUUGGCCGAUCGCUACCCUGAGCCCACGCCGCAGGGCAUCCCCAGGCUAGACCGCAUCGCCGCCGCGUACCAGGUCACGUUUGCCAUGUCCGGGGCCAUGGCCCUGCUGCUGCACGCCUUUGCCGUCGAGUGCUAUCUGCACCUGACGCAGGCCGAGGCCAACAGGCUGAAGCGUGUGAGCCACGAGAGGCAGCUCCAGAGGGGCUGGAGAAUCCCUCGAGAUGCAGGCUGGCUCACGAGGGAGACAUGGGGCGAUUGCGACGAAUUUGACUACAGGGAGAAGACAAAGAAGUUCAGAUCAAGGCAAACCACUCAAGAUCCGAAUCCAACCCUGGGUUCCAGAACUCUUUAUCCAUUAUUCCAUCUACAAAAGCUGGACCAACAUACCUGA